AUGCCGGAGCUGGACGACUUCGACAACUCCGAUGGCGUGAAGGUGGCAGACUUUGACGUAGAGGAGACGCUGGGGAAGGGAAAGCACUCGGAAGUGUUCCGUGCGCGCCACAAGAGCACAGGCCAGACGGUGGCGUUGAAACGGAUCCACAUAUUCGACAUAAUGGACUCAAAGCAGCGCGCGGACUGCCUGAACGAAGCCAAGCUGCUGCAGAGCCUGAAUCACCCCAACAUCGUCAGCGUGCUCCAGGCGUGGGUCGAGGAGAACGACGUGCUGAUGGCGCUCGAGUGCUGCGAGCAGGGCGACCUCGCGAGCGUCCUCGAGGCGCACAAGACCAACGGCACCGCGCCGACGGAGCGCGAGAUCUGGAUGUGGUUCGCGCAGGUGGCCAACGCCGUGGCCUGCAUGCACCGCCACCGCGUGAUGCACCGCGACAUCAAGCCCGGCAACAUCUUCAUCACCGGGAGCGGGAGCGUCAAGAUCGGCGACCUCGGCCUCAGUCGCUACCUCUCGAGCCAGACGGUGCAAGUGCAGUCCAUGGUGGGGACGCCCUGCUACAUGAGCCCCGAGGUGAUCCGGGGACUGCCCUACGAGUUCUCCUCGGACGUCUGGGGUCUCGGGUGCCUGCUGUACGAGAUGGCGGCGCUGCGGAACCCCUUCGUCGGCCCCAAGCUGAACUACUACACCCUGGGCAAGAAGAUCGCGUCGUGCCAAUACGACCCCUUGCCUGAGUCAGCGCCGGAGUCGGUGCGCGAGAUGGUCGGGCUGCUCCUCCGCGCGGACCCCGCGGAGCGUCCGAGCGUCGAACAGAUCCUCGAACGCAUCGAGUCCCUAACCAAGUGA